UAGUUGGUAUUUGUAGUUGAGAUCUAGCACGGCGUUUUAUUCGUAUGGCCCCGAAAAAGAUGGCCGCCACGACAGCGUACGGUCGUGAUGUUGACGUCGUUCAUGGUGUAACCCGCGUCCAAUUUACCAUUAUUAUUUUAUAAUGUCUAUCAGUUCGCAUAAAUAGUAAUAGUGACAAUUGUUUAUUAAUUAAAUGUGUUGUGUUUUGUUGAUUUUAUAGCAACAUUCAAGUAUUUCUGUGGAUUUGUUAAAUUUAACGUUUAAUACCAGUGAGGAUUUUUAGUGAGGGUGAAGGAAAGCACGACAGUGAGGUUCGUACGGAAACGUAAGUUGAUGUUUUAGUGGAUUAUUGUUGAGUUGACCAGAUACUUUCGCCCUAUCGAAAGUUCGUGUCAACGGACGGCCAUAUUAAUCUGGAGCUCCGCCGUCAUCGGAGUUUCGGCGGUGCUAAAGAGUGAGAGAGAAAAGUCAGUUGAAAAAAAUGUAUAUACGUGUUUAAUAUAUACAUAUAUAUUAUAGUUAUAAAAUUCAAUCAUAUAUGUUUGUUUGACAGAAAUAUCGGAGCGGAACAAAAUGAUCUCGUAAAAUGAAAAAUAUGAAUACAUAUUUUUUGGAGUGUACAUACAGUGCUCACAAUUUAGGAGUGAAAAAUAAAAUGUAUCGCUAUGAAAUGUUAUAAAAUGAAAACGGGAAUGUGACGACAAAACGGAGUUGACGGUGGUGGUGGCGAGAAAACCUACGUCUCUUGUUUUUCCAAACUUAUUCUCGUUAAUAACAUUGAAAGAACUGGUUGUUUUUUUUUGAUGAAUAUACAUCCUCAUUUACCGUUGUUAUCUAAAUUUCUGGUUAGUUUUCAAGUUCGAGUGGCCGAAGGGACGGAGGAAGUAAAGGUCUGCAGGGAAUUGAAACCGCAGGAAGAAAUAAGUUGUGAAAGAAAAAAAGAAGAAUUGUGAAUUACGUUCAAAGGAUAGGAUACUAUUGGUUAUAGGAAAUACUUAUUGGCAGUCUGGAGUCUCAGAGGAUAGGAGGACAUAGCUGGUGUUUGACAUUUAAGCGUAGUUGCUGAUGUCCGCCACGAGUCCUGUUAUUGUAGCUCCUGGACGGUGCUCGCGGCCACGAGACACACCGGGCUCCACAAUCAUCAACUUUAAGAACAAUCACACUGAUUCGUCAACAGUGCUUAGGUUGCCGCCAUUGCUGGGGCCGUGCCACAGCUAUUAUUGGUUAAUUACAUCUCUAAAGUCCUCAAUAUUAUUCAAAUUAUUAAAUAAUAAAAAUUAUCACGAAGUACAGUUGCUGACAUACUUAAAUUGCAUACGAUACGACUCUGAAUGUCUUCGCACAUCCAAAAGUCGUGCGUGGGGCUUGAAGCUACUUUAAGUGACAGCAAAAAAAAGUACGGCGACAAGGUGGGUGCACUUUUGUCUGCCUGGGAGCAUGUCACCAAUUUCAUUUCUACGGCAAACCCAGAGGCCACCCAGUCUCUCAUAGAAUGGGUCCACAAACAUACGUUGACAUUGGUAUUGCGCGGGGAGUGGCCAAAGCUGUCACCUGCUACAAAAACACACCUCAGCGUAACGUUGCAGAGGUGUGCGAGUCACCUGGUGCACCAUCCGGUCGCGUCGAGGUGCACAGCCCUCAUCGCGUUGGUACACAAUCCAUGGGCUCAUCCAGCACUUGACCGCAUACUUAAUGGCCAACCAGAUCCUGAACAUGAAGAAGAAUUCUGUUGCUCGGAAAAAGGCGAAUUGUUAACAAUGCGGUUGAAAAUUCUCUGUGAAGAUCGCUGCGAGGACAUUGCAGUAAAUCUUGCAGCAGCUUGUGUCCGAAGUCUGCGAAGAAGUGAUCGAUUACGUUCACUGUCAGAUCUUCAUCAUGUUCACUUUAUGAUUGACGUAUACAUUGUCCUGUUGUAUAAAUUAAAACGCACGCAAGAUAUAUUCGCUCAAUUAAAAUUAAUGGACCUAAAUGAUGGAUUAGAACUAGUCCAAAGAUUAAGCGGCGAGAAACCAAUGAAAUACGGUACUGCGCGUGUUUGGCGAAAUUCAAUAAAAGCCGCCGAAUUAGUUGCUCAGUAUCUUGUAACAGCGGGUAUGGUUAGGCCCGUUAAUGAAACUAGUGCAAGUGUUUUAGAACAAAUUCUUAACUCCUGGGCGUGCUUACAUGUUAAGCUUAAGGCAACUGAUCCAAAUCUACCGGGUAUGAUUAGAAAAUUAAUAGAAAAUGCUGAAAGUGCCCAGCAUAUUUAUUUAUUUUGUGCUGUUUUACUGAAACACUUUGGAGAUAGUAUUAAACCAUUGGCUAUUGAAUUAUACAUCAGAGCACUUACAGCAGAUAUGAAUGAAUUGGAAACCCAAAAAAUAAAGUCUGAUAUUGAUAAUGUACGUGAAACGGCAAAACGUCUGAGUACGCAAUUUCUAAAACUGGCUGAUGUUGUUAAUAAUAAUAUUGGUAUUGCACGUGAAUGUGUAUUAACCGCGUUUUCGUUAAAUCCAACGCGCGCUUGCUACGAUAAAAUAUGCGAAUUGGCGAUAGCUUGUGGUAAAGUAACACGACUAGAGAGUCAACCUCAAAUUCACACUCUUGAUGAAGAAACUAAAGAAGAUGAAGAAAAUGAAAGAUUGUCAACAACCCCAGUAGAAGUAGCAACUACAACAUCGACACCAGUAACUACCACGACUACAACUUCAAAUAAAAUGGAUGACAACUCUCAAUCAGAUAAUAAUAAAACAAAUAAUAACACUACUAUCGCUACUAAAUCAAUAAUUGAAUCACAAUUUGAAAAUACUACAGAUAGUAAUAUUAAAACAGAUCUUAAGGAGGGUAAUAAUAAACAAAUACAGCAACAAUCACAAAAUUAUAAUAAUAAUAGUAAAUGUACAGAUCAAUUGUUAAAAAAAUUAUUAAAUUCACCGGUUCAGUGUUGUCAUUCGAAUUCAAGUAGUAGUAGUAAUACUAAUACUGAUAAAAAAUCAGAUAAGUGUGUUGUUAAUAAUUUUAAAAAAGAUUCAAACAGUGAAGGUUCAUUGGACGAAAUAUGUCUUAAUUGUAAUAAUUAUAAAGGAAUGAAUGUUGAUAGUAAUACUAAUUCUAAUAACAGUAGCAGUAAUAAUACUAGUAGUAAUACUAGUAAUAAUAAUAGUAAUAAAAACAAGUCUUCUACUGAGAGUGGUAAUAGUGUCGUUGUUAAUAAAGAUCGUACAUUGGAUGCAUUGAUACUUAUAAAAGGAGAAGUAGUUACGGGUUCGGCAAACUAUGACGAAAAAUCAGUGCCAAAUCAAGUUUUGGAUGCCGAACAAUUAGGAUUGACGCCUCAAUUGUGCGAUGAUUUAGCUGUUGUACUGAGUAGUCCACGUUACCAUAUGCUGAGCUGGGUGUCUGAUUGGAAUGAAUUAAGUACACUUUGUGAACGAUAUUUAGAGAAUGCUCAAGAAAUGCGUCACACUAAUAAAGAGUUAAAGUAUCUUAAUAUUGAUUACUCACAAUUUAAAGAUUGGCCAUCGGAGGAUGACAGUAAGGAUGUUUUUUAUGGUAUUGAAAAGGGUUACGAGCAGUGGGCAGACGGAGCGUCUGAUACUUCUGAGCAGUAUGGAAGUUUUCAACCAGCUGGCUCUUACAAAAGAAGUUCUACCAGACGUAGUUUAGAUGAUAGUUCUGAUUCCGACAGCGGAAGUAUUUUACGAGUUCGCAGGACUGGUCGGCAACGUAAAAUUCAUCGUUUGAUAUCUUCUGAAAGUGAUUAUGACAGUAGUAGUGGUGUUAAAUCCUCGAGUAAUAAACAUUAUCGUAACAAUAGUUACAACAGAAGAAGGAAAUCAAGUUGUGUUUCUGAUACUGAGGACACAAAUACUCAGGACAGUCAGACCGACAGUUUAGGAAGUGACGGAUGUCGACAGGAUAAUAAAAUAAAUAAUAAACCGUGCAAUAAUAAAGAAUUAACUAAACGUAGUGGUAAUAAUGGAAGCAAUGGUGGUAUCGGUGGUAAUGGAAGUAGUGUUGGUAAAUCUAAAUUAACUGUUGAUACCGUAUCACAUUUUCAUAUGCUUGUUAAUGAAAAUAUGCAUCAUACUACGUCGACAAUAUCAAGCGGUGCCGGUAGUGAAGACGUCAGUGGUUCGGAUGUUAGUAGCAAUGAUAUAAUAACGUUGUUUUCUGCGGAUUUGGAUGAAAAUAAACGAGAAACAAUUAAAGGUUCUGCUUUUACCGCCAUUUCACCAAUAAUUAUAACUAAAAAACGCAGUGACCCGGCUGUUUUAAAAUCAUUGAGAAUGUUUCGACCACAAAAUACUAAAAAACCUACACCAAGAAUAAAUCAAUUAGUUCCGAAAAAUAUUUUAAAUAAUAAUAUUAAUAAAAAUAAUAUUAACAAUAAAGAUAAUGUCAGUGGUGGUAAUGGUGGUAAUAAUGUUGGUGGAAAUAUCGCUAAAUUUGCACCAUUAUUAAGUACACUUAAUUUAAAUCCUAAAAUUGUAUUGACACGCAAUAAUGAAAUAGAUAAAAAAUUAGAACAAACAAAAAUUAAAAAGCAACCGGGAGUAUUGAGUGCCGGUGAUUUAUCAAGUGAGCUUUUAAAUAUACAAAAGAAAAUGCCAUUUGCGCACAAAAAUCCAAUUCAUAAUCAUCAUCAUCAUAAUCAUCAUCACCAUAAUCAUAAUUAUUCAAGUGAUAAAAAUAACAAAAGUCCACGUGGACGCAAACCAAUUAAAUCUAAUAACAAUAAUAUUAGUAAUAAUAAUAAUAAUAAUAAUAAUAAUAAUAAUAAUAAUAAUAAUAAUUUAGGAAAAAGUAAUUAUGACAUACUAGCUAAAGCAGUACGUGAUUCGGAUAUACUAGCUCAAACAGUUCCAGGUUUAAAUACAUUGGACAUGAUGGUACCACCGCGUGUACAGUCAACAGUUAAUGUUGUUCAAAUAUCACGUAACAUUCCGCAAAGUCCAAAUUCUGGAUCGAUUAAUAGCGGUAAUACAUCACCGAGAAAUCGUACGUCGAGUGUUGUUAGCAGCAUAAUACAAUUACCAGGUACACCCUCGUCUGGUGGUCAUGAUAGUGGAGUUGGAAUGAGUCCAGCCGGACAAACAUCUCCACCGACACGUACAUCAGUGCUUCAUGACGUUGGUGAAAAGGCUAAUCAACCGCCUGAUGCAUCACCAACUAUUUCAACAAAUGUGUCGGCAACUGAACCAGAUAGCCCUCAUACUACCAGUAAUAGUAAUAACAUUAAUAUUAAUAAUAACAAUAAUAAUAGUAACAAUAAUAAUAACAACAACAAUAUUCAACGGGUAAUAAGCCGUAAUGAUUCACCAAAUAAAUCACCAUCGCCUUCAACUACUAUCACAACAACAGUUACAGCAACAACAAUAACAUCAACAGCUGCUAUUAAUACAACAGUACCAAUUACUACCGAACAAUUACAAAUUGUUUGCAAACCUGAUGGUACUUAUCAACUGGCAACAGUUAAUCCUAAUAUUAUAACAACAGGACAGAGAAAUUUAUUGACGUUACAAAAUUUAGAAGAUGAUAGUAUUGGUUUUACUAGACAAAUUCAACGAGUCUCGGAAUCAUCCUCGGGAAGUGGUUCUAACAGCAGAAGCAAUACUUACGAAAGACAAACAGUUAAAGUAUCUCAACAACCACAAAAACAACAACAACAACAACAACAACAACAACAACUACAACUACAACUACAACUACAAAAUACAGGAUUACCAAAAUUUCAACAGGCAUUUGGUAAAACAAUUUACACACAGUCAACAGAUACUACGACUGUUGCCACUUCAUCAACCACUGAAACAAUAACUCAACCAAUGAGCACUAUCCAGAAAACGUCGAAUUUAUCUAAAGCUGUACAAACGUCUGUAUUAAAUAGUCAGGGUAGUGUUAGUAGUGGUGGCAGUAGUAGUGGAAUUAAUGUACAGUCAAUAGCAAACAUUCCAAAUCUGCAGUUGUCAUCAUCAGGCGGCAAGCAGAUACUUAAUAUUGUACAGAACACUGGUAGCAAUAAUACAAAUAUUAAUACUCCGAAUGCUAGUCAAACAAUUACUCAACUUGUUCAAAAUACUUCACCAGGUGUUAUUUACACAACGCACAAAAUACCUGUUACUAUUACAACAACAACAAAUCCUAGUCAGUUGAACAUCAUACCUGCUAUAUCGCACACUAACUCACUCCCCGGUGGUAGGCCACCAGUUGUUAAGUUGAAUAUUAUAAGAACGCCAUUGAGACAGCAAAACCUCGCUGAAGUUAUACAGGCUACUAUUAAUGCUUCACGAAUUCAACAGCAAAAUUCACAGCAGCAGCAGCAGCAGCAGCAACAACAACAACAACAACAACAACAACAACAACAACAACAACAACAACAACAACAACAACAACAACAACAACAACAACAACAACAACAACAACAACAACAACAACAACAACAACAACAACAGCAGCAACAGCAACAACAACAGCAACAGCAACAACAACAACAAAGACAACAGACGGCUGUCAGGGCAGAUACUUUAUUAAAUUCACCAAUCGAAGUACCAAAUCAAGUCAGUUCGACGACACUUGAACAAUUGCGUGAAUUUGAAAGUGUACUCGAGCAAGUUAAAGAACGUAGUACUAUUCAACCUCAGCUCCAAUCGAGUUCCAGUACUACUACCACGGCUGUUCAAACGCAAACAACUAGCCAACAAACUCAAGCUAAACAACAACAUCAACAGAAUGCUGUAUCGGCUCUUGCCCAGCAACUUCUUAUUUCAACCCAAACUUCAACAAACACUGAAUUUACAAACAACAAUGGUGGUAAUAAUAGUACCACGACAUUUCAACAGCAACAAGAAGUAUUUCCGCAAAAAGUUUCACUGACUUAUGUAAAUCAAACGACACCGACAACGCCGCAAAAAAGUACCAAUACUACGACGACACCAGUUGUCGUGGUAACGAGUUAUUGUCAGCCAGCAGCUUCACCAGCACUUAGUGUCACUUCACAAAGUUCUUCAAGUCCUUGUGUAACUCCAGCCCCGACAUCUGUUUCUUCUGCUGGAAAAACACCACCAACACCGUCACCUAAAAGUUCGAAAAAGUCUGCGCCGAAAAAUGUUAAAACUAAUACUUCUAGUAAUGCGUCAAAAUCCUCGCCAAUUCCAAAACCACAGCAAAAACCCCAAGAAGACGAACAAACUGCACAACGUAUUUAUACAAUACUUGCAGAGUACGCUGAGCAGCUGCGAAAUUCUCCAGAUUUGAAUAAUAAACCUGCGCCUAGAAGACGUUCUAAUCCACCAACAAAUCCAAGUCAAUCGUCAAAGCGUAAAAAGUCUGGUGGUAAAUCAAGUAAACCAUCUGGUGGACAGCAAUCAUCAGAAAUGAGUCCAAGUGCUGACGAUUUGGGACGUACUAUGGGCAGCGAAGAUUCAUCGAGUGGUAUUGCACUUGUACAAGACAGUCCAGCUGGUUUUUCGGGACAAGACGAGCAAUCAACAGCUUCUAAUCUUGACUCGCAGUCAGAAACACGAAAUAAUUUAACAACCUCUGAUUCAAAUGAUGGCGUUGAGGUUAAUGCUAAAAGACGUAAUUUAAUAUUUACUGAACCCGGUAGCGGACAACAGAGAACGGUUAUUGUUCAAGAAGCAGUGCCUACUGGUACAGUUAAUGUUAGUGAAGCUUUAGCGUCUGUUACAGGUAAAGUUAGUGGCACAACAGUACUUGUACCUAGUGGUAAUUAUAUUUUACCAAUGAAUUUGGUUAAAAGUACUCAACAAUUUACAAUAGUUUCUCGUGGAUCAAAAUUAUUGGCCGCAGUACCAGCAGCAUUGACAACAGGUGGCAAUUCCGGUGUAUCUAAUGCCCUUGUAUUGCAAUCAUUUCUAAAUCAAGCUGGCAAAAUUAUAUCUCAACAACCUGGACAAGUUAAACAAGUAAAAUUACCAAAUUUACAAACAAUAACAUCUAAUUCGACAGCCGCAUCAACAACAACAUUGAACACAACUUCUGUUGUUGUACCACACCAAACAAGUAAUACAACACAACAAUUUGCUAAUAAUGAUUCAACGUUGGAUAACAAAAGUGAUUCUAUAACUGACGUUAUUAUUAAAAGUGAACCUGGUACACCAGUUAUCAAUGAUGCGACAACACAAAAUACUAUUUUAGUUAAUAAAGCACCGACAAUUGGUUUGCUACAACGUAGUUUGAGUGACAUUACUGAUACACAACAGUUUUGCGGGGUUAUAACAAGUAAUUCAGGCUUAACAUUACAAGGUGCAAGGUUAUUUAAUUCAACAAUUGGUAAAUUAUCAACGUCUAGUGGUACCAAAACCGAGAGUGUCGUUUAUUUGGCCUCAAAUGCUGGAGAAUCUGAUAAAAAGCCGCUUAUUGAACAAUUGCAAACUGAAAAUAAUAAGCUGGGCUCAAUGCACAGUGCAACAAUUGCUUUGACUUUUGCAGCCCCGAGUGAUGUCACGGCAUUGAACAAUAGUAACACGCAAAAUAAAUCAAUUCAGCAACAAGUAGCUCAAAUAGUCCAGCAUAAAACACGGGAAACCAACAAUAUUGCUGAAUUAAUAAAUAACAGUAAAGUUAUAUCACCAAAAGCUGUUAAAAGAAAACUUGAAGAUCAAAUUUUGUCAUCUGAAAAAGUUUCUAAGUCAUUAAUAACUUCACUUGUAUCGCCGAGUACGGUUACGUCUAUACAAAAUCAUUUAAAAACAGAGCCAAUCUCGGUAGUUACAUCCAAGCAAAUGUCUAGCAUCGAUAGUCCAAGUCAGUAUUUAAUAAAUGCUGAUGGAACUAGCGGAAGUUUAGACCUUCAAGAAUCAACACUAAGGCAAUCUAGUGAUAACGAGGUUAAUUGCAAAGUAGGUAAUGGUGUUUUAUGUGGUAAUGCUAGACUACAAGAAGCAUGGGAACCAGACGACAGAAAAUCAUCACCAGAUACACCUUGGCGGUACGUUCCCUCUCAGAGCAAUCAACUAACUAUUGAGCCUCUAAAAGUUUAUUCACGUGACGGCGAUAGUUCAGAAAAUGUACAAACAGUAUUGCAAAUUAUAAAUAAAGGUACCAGCCAGAGUAUGGACAUGAAUAGUGGACAGUUGUAUUCAAGUAACACCACUAAAAAAUAUUUUAUAAAUCAUCUUGAGCCUUUUCAACAGUUUACAACAUCAAAUAAAAGUAAUAUUGUUGUUGCUAGUAAAAAUUCAAAUAAUAAUCCACGAUUAGAGCGUGAAUUGGCACAACAGCGUAUUGAGAGAAAUCGGGCGGCGAUGGAACGCGAAUUAAGACUGCAAAAAAGUUUAUCUGAAGAAUGUGAAGAUCUAGGUGUUGAUGAACCAAGCACGAGUGACUUGUUUCCAGAAGCCGAUUUGUUAUUUGAUACUAACCAUUCCCCAUCUUUUGAUCAUUUAUCGCAGGAUGCUUCAUGCAGUCAGCCGCUGGGUAUGAAAAUUUACAACGCUUCGUCAUACUUUCGGCCAUUAGACUCAUCAAGUGGUAGCCGUGAAACUAGUCCAGCUCCCAGUAUUGAAAUUAAAAGUACCGAACGUAGAAAAAGCAUCUCCCAGCGUAAUAGAUCGUCCAAAGACUCAGACCGACUGUCAUCUAAAAGGUCAAAACGUGACAGGCAAGACGAAAACGAGAUGCAUAAUCCACCAAAGCAUUUGAGAUUGAGUCCAGAGAGUCAAGAUGAGGGGUCUAAUAGUACUUCUGACUUGUCUAGACUUUCACCGCCACACUUACCGCUCAUGGAUAUUGACUCCAAAGAUACAAUGUGCUUGAAAAAAAUGAUAUCAUGCAAUGGUUCUAAAGAAGGCUCACCCACCAGUGUGUCUAGCAUUCCAUCAAAUAUUAAACUAGAUAUUGAUUUAGAUUCAGAAUCAUUACCACUUGGUUCUAAUGUUAAUAAUACAAUUGGUAGUUCUGGUGAUGACAGUAUGACGUUAAUGGGUAGUAAUACUGCUGAUGUUACGAUACCAUCACCGCUGUCACCAAUCGCAGGGCCACUGUUAUCGACGCACAAGUAUACGUACACCAACAAAAAGCGUGCUACAUCUAAAGUUUCACGUCCCGAAUAUUUAUCUUGGGAAAGUCCGAUCUCCGAGAGAACGAGAUCUAGCAGCGAUGACGAGGAUUCGAGUAUCAGUGAGUCUAUUAGCAGCCAGACAGAUGAUUUAAUUACCAAUGGGCUUGAUGACAGCUUACAGUUGAGUAGUAUUAAAAGUACUUCUUCUAAUUUUAAUUCUUCAACAAUAACAACUAAUAGCAGUACAACUGGAGUUAAUGAUAGAUGUACUUAUUUAAAAAAAAAAGACAACAGUAAAGUACAUGUCAAUGCCAGGGUAGUAUUAAAUCGUGCUGAGUCAAAAAGUAUUAUUGCUAAACGUGCUAAAGGUGAUACCAUCAACAACGAGAUGGGAGUAAUGAGUCAAGAUAAAACAUCAGAACCAUCGGACGACGAAACGUGCCAUACUUUGAUAGAACCUGAUUGUCGUGCUAGAAGAUCUAGUUUACGAGGGCAUGUCAAAAAAGGAUGCACCUGUUGCAAUGGAUCACCUGAGAGACCCAAGAAGAAACAAACUGGGGCUAGUAAUACUGGUAACACUGGUAAUUCUGGUGUAACUGGUGUUAGUACCGGUGCUACUGGCGGCGGCGGUGGUGGUAAAAUUAUCGAGCAUAAGUUGAAGAAGAAAUUGGUUAAAUCACUUGGAAAAAAGAGGUAGUCUUAGCAAUUGUAUUCUUGCUUAUUUAUUAUUAAAUGUAUUUAAUUAAAGUGUACGGUAUUUGUAAAUUUAUUGAAGAAAAAUUUUAAAAAGUAAUAUUUAAAUAUUAAACUUAUUAACAAAUAAAUAAUGAUGAUAAAAAAAAAACGCUUAAGGGCAAUCGCCAUGUGUUUCAAUGUGGUUUAGUAAUAUUUAAAUGAUGAUUGAUUAAAUGCGACCAAAGCGGCUAAUGCCAAUUAUCAUAAUGAGAAAAUAAAUGAAAAUAAAUAUUACGAAAGAGAGAGAAAGAGGAAAAUAAAUGUGUGUGUGAGAGAUAGAGAGAGAGAGAGAGAGAGAGAGAGAGAUAAUUUUCCAGUGAAAUGGUAGUAGCUCGAUAACAGAUUAGAUACCAGGCUCUUGCUAAUAUUAAUUAAUGAAUUAAUUUAUAAUGAUGAUUAUGAUGAUGGUGUAAAUAAUAGUAUGCUUGAUCAGUGUAUAGCAGGCUUCACGCAUCCAGAUUUUGUUGUUUGGAGCGAGGCAACAACCUUUAGUUAAUAUUAUUCAUUAAUAUUUAAUUUCUACGUUAUUAUAAAUUAAUUAUUAUUACUAUUAUUAUUAUGAUUAUUGUUUAGUUAUUAAUAAAUUUAAGUAUUCAGAUUAAGACAAAAACUUAUUAUUAGAUUAUACUCUGAUUAAUAAAUAAAUUAACAUAGUAGAUUCCAAUUCUAAUUGUAGUCGAUCAUUUAAUAAAAUGAAUAGAAGAAAAAAAUAAAAAAUAAAAAAUGCAAAAAAAAA